AUGUCAACCUCAACAGAGCAAGCCGAACUAAUGAAAAAGCCAGAAUGGUAUACUAAGGCUCAAGACUAUUGGAAUGGAGUAACUCCUACAGUAGAUGGCAUGCUCGGUGGAUUCUCAGUCGUAGAUCCUGUUGAUGUCAAGGGCUCACUGGAAUUCGUGGAUGAGUUUGUCCACGGCAAAAAGGGGGUAAAUAAUGUGAUGAAAACAGAGCCUGUUAUUACCAACGGCUAUGCUUGUGAUUGUGGAGCUGGCAUUGGCCGCGUUACAAAGAACUUUUUGCUACAUGUGCCUUUUGAAAAGGUUGAUCUUGUUGAACAAGCUCCAUCGUUUGUUGAACAAGCGAAAGCAAGCUACUUGAAGCAGGAAAUAGAACAAGGCAAGAUUGGACAAGUAGUGUGCCAGGGCCUUCAAGAUUUUGAGCCAGAACAGGGCAAGUAUGAUCUGAUUUGGUGCCAAUGGGUGCUGGGCCACUUGACAGAUGAUCAUUUGAUUGCCUUUUUUAAACGCUGUAUUCAAGGAUUAAAACCCAAUGGCCUCAUUGGCGUGAAGGAGAACAACGCAUCCAAAGAAGCAUUGGUGGACGACGAGGAUAGCAGUAUCACAAGAACCAGCCAUGAAUUGAAGCAGUUAUUCACAAAAGCAGGCUUGGAAUGCAUCAAAGAAGACAUCCAGCGAGGCAUGCCUGCUGGCUUGUUUGCUGUUAGAAUGUAUAUGUUGAGACCCGUGCAUCAGCAAAAGCAAUAA